GGGAAGGCGGGGGAGACCGAGCCGUCCCACUCCCGUCCCGCCCCGGAGCAGGCGCCACGGAAACCGUUAGGCUGGGUCUGAGGAGCCGGGGCGCCGAGCGGGACUCGGGCCCGUCGAGGGGCCCGGCCCUUCCCGUCCUCUGGGCGCGCUACGGGCAGAGGGUAGUAGAGGGUGUGUGUCCGGGGCAGGGGGUGGACAGGACCCGUCAACUCGUCGGGCACCUGCCGGGCCCGAGUCUUGUCCAGAGGCGCUUGCGGGGGCGCGACUGCGGCCCCGCCACUAGCCAGAGGAGGCGGUGCGGGGGCGCGGGCGGCCUUCCCUCCGCCCCCCGGCCGGCGGUGAGCAGCGCCGCUCCCGGAGGCUCGGGGGUCGAGUGCGGAGCCCAGGGGACGAGAUCGCCCAGCGGCCGCCGCGCCUUGGGCUUCGGCCACCGGGCAGCCGCCGAACUUGAACGCUUUUCUGAAGAGAGUUUCCCCCGUUCAUCUUGGGGUUAAAACCUCGAAAACCCGCCCUUGUGUGUUUGAUCCUGUUUGGCUGGUGCCGGUAGUACCUGGCGGUUCCUCUACCCGGCUGAGUUAACCACCUGUUCGGUCAGGAGGUUGACUCGAGGCUGCAGUCCUCGCCCUGUUUAACAACCUGGAUCUUUGAACUUUUGACACGAGCGGGGAAGGACGCCAUGCGUUAGAAUUGGAAGGUUAUCCAGUAUAUUAAUGUCUUAUUGAUAAUGGCAGAACAUCCACCCCUACUGGAUACAGCUCAGAUUUUAAGUAGUGAUAUUUCUCUUCUGUCUGCCCCUAUUGUAAGUGCAGAUGGAACACAACAGGUUAUUCUGGUACAAGUUAACCCAGGGGAAGCAUUUACAAUAAGAAGAGAAGAUGGACAGUUUCAAUGCAUUACAGGUCCUGCUCAGGUUCCAAUGAUGUCCCCAAACGGUUCUGUGCCUCCUAUUUAUGUGCCUCCUGGAUACGCCCCACAGGUUAUUGAAGACAAUGGUGUUCGAAGAGUUGUUGUGGUUCCUCAGGCACCAGAGUUUCAUCCUGGUGGUCACACAGUUCUACACCGUUCUCCACAUCCUCCUCCUCUGCCUGGUUUCAUUCCUGUCCCAACCAUGAUGCCCCCUCCACCACGCCAUAUGUACUCACCAGUGACCGGAGCUGGAGACAUGGCAACACAGUAUAUGCCACAGUAUCAAUCUUCUCAAGUAUAUGGAGAUGUAGAUGCUCACUCUACACAUGGAAGGUCCAACUUUAGAGAUGAAAGAUCUAGCAAAACAUAUGAACGUUUGCAGAAAAAAUUAAAGGAUCGCCAAGGAACACAGAAGGAUAAAAUGAGCAGUCCACCAUCAUCACCCCAGAAAUGCCCUUCUCCCAUAAAUGAACAUAAUGGGCUUAUAAAAGGGCAAAAUGCUAGUGGUGUAAACAUAGGAUCAACAAAGAACAAGUCCGGGAAAGGGAAAGGUGGUGCACAAAUUGAUACAGAAAUAGAAGAGAAAGAUGAAGAAACUAAAGCUUUUGAAGCACUUCUUUCCAACAUUGUCAAACCAGUGGCCUCAGACAUCCAGUCAAGGACAGUAGUACUAACCUGGUCACCUCCUUCCAGCUUCAUAAAUGGUGAAACAGAUGAGACUACUGUGCCAGAGCUCUAUAGUUACGAUAUUCUGGUCUCAAGUACUGGGAAAGAUGGGAAAUAUAAAAGUGUAUAUGCAGGAGAAGAAACCAGUGUCACUUUAAAUGAUCUCAAGCCAGCUACAGAUUACCAUGCAAAAGUCCAGGCAGAAUAUAAUUCUAUAAAGGGAACUCCUUCAGAAGCUGAAAGCUUUACCACCUUAAGCUGUGAACCUGAUGUACCUAAUCCACCAAGGAUAGCCAAUCGGACCAAAAAUUCACUCACUUUGCAAUGGAAGGCACCUAGUGACAAUGGUUCUAAAAUCCAAAGCUUUAUUUUAGAAUGGGAUGAGGGAAAAGGAAAUGGAGAAUUUUGUCAAUGUUACAUGGGCUUACAGAAGCAAUUUAAAAUUACUAAACUGUCACCAGCAAUGGGUUGUAAAUUUAGACUGUCAGCCAGAAAUGAAUAUGGCACAAGUGGUUUUAGUGAAGAAGUCUUCUAUUACACUUCAGGCUGUGCCCCUUCUAUGCCAGCAAGUCCUGUAUUAACUAAGGCUGGUGUUACUUGGUUAUCCUUACAAUGGAGUAAGCCCUCAGGAACACCAUCAGAUGAAGGAAUUUCUUACAUUUUAGAGAUGGAAGAAGAAACUUCAGGAUAUGGUUUUAAGCCUAAAUAUGAUGGAGAAGAUCUUGCUUACACAGUGAAGAAUCUCAGACGUAGUACAAAGUAUAAAUUUAAGGUUAUUGCUUACAACUCAGAAGGUAAAAGUAACCCAAGUGAAGUAGUAGAAUUUACUACAUGCCCUGAUAAACCAGGUGUACCUGUGAAGCCAUCAGUUAAAGGAAAGAUACAUUCACACAGUUUUAAAAUAACUUGGGACCCACCAAAAGACAAUGGAGGUGCAACCAUUAAUAAGUAUGUAGUGGAGAUGGCAGAAGGUUCUAAUGGAAACAAAUGGGAUAUGAUAUACAGUGGAGCUACUAGGGAACAUCUUUGUGAUCGACUAAAUCCAGGCUGUUUCUAUCGUUUACGAGUUUACUGCAUCAGUGAUGGAGGACAGAGUGCGGUAUCUGAAUCUUUACUUGUGCAGACUCCAGCUGUGCCUCCUGGCCCGUGCCUCCCUCCCAGAUUACAGGGUAGACCCAAAGCAAAAGAAAUACAGUUACGAUGGGGACCCCCUCUGGUUGAUGGUGGAUCACCCAUUUUCUGCUAUGGUGUGGAGAUGUCUCCUGUAGAAAAAGAUGAACCCAGAGAAGUUUACCAAGGUUCUGAAGUAGAAUGUACAGUGAGCAACCUUCUUCCUGGAAAGACUUAUAGCUUCAGACUGCAUGCAGCUAACAAAAUGGGGUUUGGACCAUUUUCAGAAAAAUGUGAUAUUACUACAGCCCCUGGACCACCAGAUCAGUGCAAGCCCCCUCAAGUUACAUGCAGAUCUGCAACUUGUGCACAAGUGAAUUGGGAGAUCCCUUUGAGUAACGGAACAGAUGUCACUGAAUAUCGAUUGGAGUGGGGAGGCGUUGAAGGAAGUAUGCAGAUGUGUUACUGUGGGCCUGGUCUCAGUUAUGAAUUAAAAGGACUUUCACCAGCAACCACCUAUUAUUGCAGAGUCCAGGCUCUGAGUGUUGUGGGUGCAGGCCCUUUCAGUGAAGUAGUAGCCUGUGUGACUCCACCAUCAGUUCCUGCUGUUGUGACUUGUCUUCAAGAAAUAAGUGAUGAUGAUAUAGAAAAUCCUCAUUAUUCACCUUCUACAUGCCUUGCAAUAAGCUGGGAAAAGCCUUGUGACCAUGGUUCAGAAAUCCUUGCCUACAGCAUCGACUUUGGAGAUAAACAGCCCUUGGCAGUGGGAAAGGUUACAAGCUAUAUUAUAGACAAUUUGCAACCAGAUACAACAUACAGAAUACGGAUUCAAGCCUUGAAUAGCCUUGGAGCUGGUCCUUUCAGCCACAUGAUAAAAUUAAAAACUAAGCCCCUCCCUCCUGACCCACCUCGUCUAGAAUGUGUUGCCUUCAGCCACCAGAACCUUAAGCUGAAGUGGGGAGAAGGAACCCCAAAAUCACUGUCAACAGAUUCUAUUCAGUACCACCUUCAGAUGGAGGACAAGAAUGGAAGGUUUGUAUCCUUAUAUAGAGGUCCAUGUCAUACAUACAAAGUACAAAGACUUAAUGAGUCAACAUCCUAUAAAUUCUGUAUUCAAGCUUGUAAUGAAGCAGGGGAAGGUCCUCUCUCUCAAGAAUAUAUUUUUACUACUCCAAAAUCUGUCCCAGCUGCCUUGAAAGCUCCCAAAAUAGAGAAAGUAAAUGAUCACAUUUGUGAACUUACAUGGGAGUGUUUACAGCCAAUGAAAGGUGAUCCAGUUAUUUACAGUCUUCAAGUUAUGUUGGGAAAAGAUUCAGAAUUUAAACAGAUUUACAAAGGUCCCGACUCUUCAUUCCGGUAUUCAAGCCUUCAGCUGAACUGUGAAUAUCGUUUCCGUGUGUGUGCCAUUCGCCAGUGCCAUGACCCUGUGGGGCAUCAGGACCUAGUAGGUCCCUACAGCACAACAGUGCUCUUCACCUCUCAGAGGACUGACCCACCAGCCAGCACCGACAGAGACACUGUGGAGAGCACGAGGACCCGGCGGGCGCUGAGUGAUGAGCAAUGUGCCGCAGUCAUCCUCGUGCUGUUUGCUUUCUUUUCCAUUUUGAUUGCCUUUAUCAUUCAGUACUUUGUAAUCAAGUGAAAAUAUAACUUUAUUUUUUAAUACUGUAUUACAUUUUAUUUUGUCAUGUACUAAAAUUAUUUCUGUAUUGCUUUUACAAAAACAGUGGCAUUUAGCACUGGCAUUGAGACUAUAAUACAUCAUUUUUUGCCAUUUUCAAUGCUUAUAUCAUUAGGUAGAGGCUGGCACCUUAUUAGAAUGCAAGCCACAGAAAUAGCAAUUUUUGGUUUUUUGGUUGGGACUUUUUUCUUUCCUUUUUUUUCUUUUUCUUUUUUUUUUUUUACAUGCCUUCUUGUAAAACAUAUUUUCUAAGAGGCAACAAUAUAUAAUUGGUAUAUUGACCAGUCAGCAUGAGUGUAACAGUGACAACCUGAUCUGUUUGUUUUAAAGAUAUUACCUAGUGAAAAAUUCAAAAUGAUGAAAAUUUACACUAACAUGCUAUAAAAAAAAAUGUUAAAGUCUGAUGCUGUGAAAGCAAUCUAGUGCUAUAUUUCUACCUCCUCAUUUGUCUUAAUUAUUUGGUAAGUGGGAUUAUGAUGAAUAACUGGAGGGGCUUAGCAGACAAAAACUGGAUGAAAGAAUAUGCAUGAAAAAAAGAAACUUCUUGUUUGAUAAAUGUGGAGUUCUUCAUUACAAGUAUAUAUUCAUGAAUUCACAGAUAAGUCACUUAAAUAAAGCACAGACAGUUUACUUGGCCUAAAAAUAUUUUAAUGUUUACUUAAAAAGCACCUGUUCAAGUCUUGAGAACAUGGAAGAGAACAGAGGGCUUAUAGAUACUUUUAAAAAAGUAAUCAUACUCAACUCUGAAAUUUCAAACCUACUUAAUUUGGUUUUUGUGAGCCUUUGAACUAUAUGUGUGUGUAUAAGGACAUACACACGUACAUAUACGGCAUAUAUAUAAACUAUACAUACCAAGUGUAAAAAUACACACACACACACACUCACUCCAUGUAUCUGGUACAGGCUAAUUUUGAAGAACUCCCAUAAGUUUUGCUGCUUCUCCCAUAACUACUGCCAUCACCAUCAGAAUUCAUAAUCAAACCUAACCUUUUUGUUUGGGGCACCAAAUCUGAAGACAAAAUUAAUUUGCACCAGUAAACUUCAAGCUGCUUUCUUUCUUGAAAAACUAAUGUUUAAUGUAAUGUCUGUCUGGAUACUGUUCCAAAUUGUUGAUUGCAUGUGGUUAAUGUUGCAUUAGAGCACUUUGCAAUUGCAUAAUUCAUUAAUGUUUUGUGAGCUUGCAUUUGUGAGUUAUUGGAUGAUCAGAUUGAAUUUUGUCAAGUAUCACGUUGUACAUCUUGCAUAGAUGUCAAUGACUGCCAGUAAUAAUAGUUUGUAAUGAAACUAUCUAAAAUUCUUGUUUUAUCACAUCUGUUAUCUGUAAAACACUUGUAACUAGCCUUUUUAAUUUAUUAUUUGAAUUUUAGGAUAGUGAAUCACUAAUUUUUAGUUGCUGAGGGUAGCAUUUUAGUGAUUACUAAGCACUUCUGUCAGUCUUUGAAAACAGGACCUAUGUUUUGUGCUUUGAAGAUCUCUGAAGAAUUUCUCUUAUAUUAGAAAUGGGCAUGUAUUGUAAUUGUUUUAUGUCAAAUGAUCUGUGCUGUAGAAAAAACAUUAACCUUUGUUCAAAAAAGAAAUGGAUAAACUUGGCCUUUCCAAGUGUUAAGAAUGAUCUGUCACUAUAAUAUGCUGUAUGUUUACAUUUUAUUUAAAUUUAAUCUCAUGUAUAGGCUAACUUUCCCCCAAAACAACAGUGAUUGCGAUUAUUUUCUAGAAACUUCUUAAAAGUGCCACAUUUGGCAGUACAAAUGAGUUUGAGUGUAAUAGCCCAGAGAUUUCUAUAUAGUUGAAUGUCUAAAAUGGUAAAAUAUGCCACUGUGGCAGUUACAGUGGCUUAUGUUUUUCAUAGUAACUCAAAUGAACUCCUAUUUUUGAUAGUAAAUGUCAUUUAAUAGUGUACUUGCCAUUUGAGCCUCGCUGCAAAAUCAGUGCAGAGGAGAAAACAAUUUUUAAUGUAAUCUUGAUUUUACCUCAUAUACUGUACAUUCCAAAAACUCUAAACUUUUUAAAGAUUAUAGAUACACUACCAAACAUAUCACCUUAAAAUUGUAUAAGGUUGAACUUCAUACAAAUGAAAAAAUAUAAUCUCAUAAAAAUACAUAACUAUGUAGCAAAAGUGUCUUUAAAAUCCAUGGAAAAUAAAAGUUGUAUCAUUCUUUUUUGA